GGAGGGCGGGGAGGAGGCGGGGCUAGGUGGGCUGUGGGCCCUUAAAGGGACCGAGGUGUGGGAGGUGGCACCGCUGGAGGCAGCGCGAGACGCGCGGUCCUAGGCAGGUGCAAUGGCAGAAAAGGUGCUGGUGACCGGUGGGGCUGGCUACAUCGGCAGCCACACGGUGCUGGAGCUGCUGGAGGCGGGCUACUCACCCGUGGUCAUCGACAACUUCCAUAAUGCCAUCCGCGGAGCGGGGUCCAUGCCCGAGAGCCUGCGGCGGGUUCAGGAGCUGACAGGCCGCUCUUUGGAGUUUGAGGAGAUGGACAUCUUGGACCAGGCGGCCCUGGAGCGUCUCUUCAAGAAGCACAGCUUUACGGCGGUCAUCCACUUUGCGGGGCUCAAGGCCGUGGGCGAGUCAGUGCAGAAGCCUCUGGACUAUUACAGAGUUAACUUGACAGGAACCAUCCAACUUUUGGAGAUUAUGAGCGCGCACGGGGUGAAGAACCUGGUAUUCAGCAGCUCGGCUACCGUGUAUGGGAACCCCCAGUACCUGCCCCUGGACGAGGCCCACCCCACCGGUGGCUGUACUAACCCCUACGGCAAGUCCAAGUUCUUCAUCGAGGAAAUGAUCCGGGACCUGUGCCAGGCAGACAAGACCUGGAAUGCAGUGCUGCUGCGAUAUUUCAACCCCACAGGCGCCCACGCCUCGGGCUGCAUUGGUGAAGAUCCCCAGGGCAUCCCCAACAACCUCAUGCCCUAUGUCUCCCAGGUGGCCAUUGGGCGACGGGAGGCACUGAAUGUCUUUGGCAACGACUAUGACACAGAGGAUGGCACAGGCGUCCGGGACUAUAUCCACGUAGUGGACCUGGCCAAGGGCCACAUCGCAGCCCUGAGGAAACUGAAGGAUCAGUGUGGCUGCCGGAUCUACAACCUGGGAACGGGCACAGGCUACUCGGUGCUACAGAUGGUCCAGGCCAUGGAGAAGGCCUCCGGGAGGAAGAUCCCGUACAAGGUGGUGGCACGGCGGGAAGGUGACGUGGCUGCCUGUUACGCCAACCCAAGCCUGGCCCUCCAGGAGCUGGGCUGGACAGCAGCCUUAGGGCUAGACAGGAUGUGUGAAGAUCUAUGGCGCUGGCAGAAGCAGAAUCCUUCCGGCUUUGGCGCACAGGCCUGAGACCCUCCUACCGCAGAGAGAAAACAGAAACAACUGCUACUCUCCAGCAUCUGGCAGGACACGGGCCUCGAGCCUGCCCUACCUCAGACCCCAGCCAGGCCCGCCCAACCCAGCCCACGGGCAUGAGGCCAAGGGCUCUGAUGAUGAGGAGUCAGUGGUCUCUAACUCUUCUCUUCCCCAGGGGCUGGGAACCCAUCAGGAUCACCAAGAGCGAGGGGGGAGGGGGGCAGGGUCCUGAGCCUAGCACCCUACUCCCAGGCACUAAUUUAUACUGCUGUGAAGGCACUCUCCAAAGUAUUUAAAAUAAAAGGUUUUCUUAUACUGGA